AUGGCACAUACGAGUCGUCCGCGCUCGGCUCUGUCACCGGUUCCUCUGAACCACUUCCUGCCACACUCGUCCUCUCUGGCGCAACAGACCUCUUGCUUUGUCCAGCUUCCGGUUGUCGCCUGCUCGCCUGCCACCAUGAUCUCUCAAAGGGUCCGUGCAGGUCUCAAGCGCAAGAAGGGCGCCCGCACCCGGUUGGCUAGCAACUCGUCCGCAGAGAAUGCCGCGAAGACAAGAUCGACCCACAAGGAUCAGCAGGAUCACCCAUAUGCCACUUCCCCGGCCCUCGGUCGAAGCUCCUCGCUAGCACGUCGCAGGAGGAACGACGCCAAGCUCAACAUCGUCACUUCGCCUCACCUUCCUCGCGACAAGCCUUCCUCUUCUGCCAGCGAGCUGUCUGAAUGGUCUUCCGUCGCAUCAGUCUCCCCUACCUCUUCGCGCGCACCUGUGCUGCGAUCCGAGGAUCAUCUUGAGCCAGCCCAACAACGCCCCGGCAUCCAGACGCGACGCUCAAGUCGCAGCUCGCUCCAUCGCACACUUGACGGCAUGACGCUCGAAGAUCGCCGUCCUAAUGCUGCCGACCGAUCCAGUCGAUCGCUGUCGGCAUCGAUGAGCAGGCAAAGCAGCAGCCGCACCGCUGGUAGCGCAGACAAUGCGCCUCCACAGCCGCGCCAGCGUCGCGUUGCCAGCUCCACCGCCGUGCUCGACUCGGAUCACAGCUCAGACGGCCCCGACGACAUGGACGACGAAGAAGCCGAGCACGUCCGUCUCGUCGAAUCCGCACCCACUUGGCAGCUCCACCGACUGCGCAGGGACGAGCUUAUCCAACUCUCUCAGAUCGCUGGCGCCUGGGAUACGGACCCCACCGACGACCAGCUCGAGCUCCUCACCAAGCACGAUCUCGUGAAUCAGAUCAUCACCAGUCGCUCGCGUCUCGAUCGUUCACAGACCGGCAAGGAGCGGAAUUUCGCCGCGGUGCAACGCCAGCGUCCAAGUCGUCAAGCAUCCCACCGCUUCUCGAGACAUGACGGCGGGGAUAACGAAAAAUUCCUGGCCGAUUCGCAUCCGACCUCGCAUCGAUCUCAAUCCACUUUGCAUUCGGCAUCUCCAGACGACUCCGACGAUUCCAGCGACAGCGACGCCUCGAACGAGGCAGGCGGCGAAGAGACGGAGGCCGAACCCAGCCGCAUGCGCAUCCCUCGUCGACACAUGCCUCGAUACAGGCAAGGUCGGAUCGAAGCAGACAAUGCGUUGCGCCGCAUGGAUUCGGCUACUUUUGACGAGAUGGAGCCCUCCAAGGCGAACCAGGCACCGCGGCGUCAGCUACGCAAUAAGACGGACGUACGGCGUGCAAAUAGUCGCCGCCUGGGCUCGGAUCUGCUUUCGGCCUCCGCUUCCUCCUCCAUCUUUGGCGGGAGGAGCUCGCGCGCCUCGCAGAACUCUCACUCACCCUUCGUCCAUCGAUACAAGCCAAACGUCUUUGUGGCAUCGUCGCCCGUAAGGACACGCUCCCGUACCGCUCGAAUGACGCUUGGUAUGCCCUCCAGGCGCAAGAAGGCGUCGCGCGGCCUCGAGGCGGCUGAUGGGGGCGCUGCAGCCUUCGAUCCCAUGGCCACACCCAAGCUUGGCGGCAGGCGACCUCGAUGCGGCCAGAAAGCUGUCCAGUUCCACAUUUCUCCGUCCGUCACCAUCGGCGAACAGCAGGACGACGAGUGGAUGGAGGGCGAUUCGACGGACAGCGAAGCCGUCGACGCUUCUUUGCAGACUGAACCAUCACCCGUGGAGGAUCCAAAUGCUUCCAGUCGAGCACUGGGCAUCCAGCGAGGCACUCGCAAGGCCUCGCGGACCAGGCGGUCGACGGCAGGGUCCGAAUCGAGUUUGACAUCGCACCAGCCGCGCAGCCGCAGUGUCUCGAUGGAGCCGCCGUCCGAGCCCGAUGUGGAGCAGGUGCACAGCGAUGCUGAUAUGGCCACCUCAGACGACGAUGCUCCCACUCCGACCAAGUUCCGCAAAUUGCGUAACGGCAAGCUUCGAUUGGUCUCGGGAUCAGCAGUGGGAGGUACGGAUGCCAAAGACCCCGAGUCCGAGCGCAUGGACGAUGUGGACAUGGAAAGCGCCCCCGAAACCACGACCGCUCCGGCACGUGCAAGAAGCGCUCGGACCGAAUCCCCAGAGGAUGAAGCGCCGCAGAACGGCGACUCGGAAGAUUGCGAAAACGCCAUGGUGGAGCCUUCCUUUGCGGCGCUCUCGCGUCUGCGCAAGGCGGCGCUUGAGCAACUGUGCAACCAUCGCGAGAUCGACAUCGGUGCGGACGACAAGAAGGCAAAUCUCAUCACCAAGCUGCUGGAGUGGCAUCAACUCACCGCGCUUGAGGCCGCAGGGGAAGACGGCUCAGGCUCGGAUGACGAGGGCAGCUCGCUUCGGCCAAAUGCAUCCACGGAGACGAUCGUCGGGGGAGCCGACGCGAUUCGCUCCAACGUCUCGACCGCCACUGCCACUGCCGAUGACGAAGCUGCCAAGGCGGGGCAACGAACGCCCACGCGUCGACGCAACGGCCGAGCCGGCCGUCACGCACGUCCUGCUGCUACGGACAGCGACAAACCUCUUCUGCUGCGUGGGCGUGACAAGGGCAACACCUCGUCUGACAAGCUGCCGACGCCGCCGCUCACUUCGAACAACGAAGAAGCGCAAGCGCCGCAGGCGGGCGACGGAGUCGACGAGCUCAACGGGCUUGAUCUCGAGAGCCUCAACCUGACGGACAAGGAGAUCGCGCCCUCGAAGCUGGAGAAGCUCGAAAAGAUCGGCUCUGGCGGCUUCAAGGACGUUUAUGUGGGCAAGUAUCGCAUCUCGAAGACGCGCGUCAACAAGGUGGCCAUCGCCGACAUUCGUGACCAGCUGACGGAGAUGGACAUCAAGGAGCUGAGCCUGCUCCGCGAUCUGCGGCACGAGAACAUUGUGCGCUUCAUCGGCGUCAGCAUCCCCGAAGAUCCGCGUCAUGUGCCGUGCAUGAUCGUGAGCGAGCUCUGCUCGAACGGCGACCUGUUUGACUACAUCCGCAACGUCGAGGCGCCGUGCGAUGCCGAGGUGUUUCGUAUUCUGCUCGAGACGGCACGCGGGCUCGAGUAUCUGCACACGCGCACGCCGGCGAUCAUCCACCGCGACUGCAAGUCGACCAACGUGCUGAUCACGCGGCGCAAGACGGCCAAGAUCAACGACUUUGGACUUGCGCGCGUCAAGAACACGUCGCGCUCCAUGAUGCGCUCGCUGGUGGGCACGGUAAACUGGCAGGCGGUGGAGCUGUGGGUGCCCAAGCCGCACUACAACGAAAAGGUCGACGUGUGGUCCGCGGCCAUGACGUUCUGGGAGGCGCUGCAGUGGCACCAGCCCGAGAAGAAGUAUCCGUUCCAGGGCAUGAACGAGCACCAGAUCUAUCAGGACGUCGGACAGAAGAAGCAGCGUCCGUAUACGGGCGCCAUUCGACGCCAGUUUGGAGGCGAGAUCGUGGAUCUGCUCGACCGCAUGUGGGACCACGCGCCCAAGAACCGCCCGAGCAUGACCGAAGUCUGCACCGAGCUGGAGGCGCUGAUCCAGAUGAAGAAGGACGCUGCCGCCGCCGCUUCGCACCCGUCCAAGGUCUAG